GUCAUGCAUUGAGCAUUCCUGUAUGUCAUCUGUUGUUUUAGUCAUCUUCAAUGCAUUUAUUUGGUUCUCACAAGCUUUUAUCUCCAUUUUCCCGAUGAGGGGACAGGUAGAGGUGACUGACUCACAUCACCCAGCUACUGUGUGGCAAAAUCAGGAUUUGAACUCAGGAAGCUGAGCUUCAGAAUUUGUGGAACUCGGGGGUUGUGUUAGUUUGAAAGAAAAAAAAAAGCGUAGAGCCUUUGCGAAAGGACUCAAGCACAAAUUUUAAAGUUUUAAAAGAUUUGAAGACCGCUGGUUGGUUCAUGAGGAUUUCUAGAAGGAUCCAGGAAUUGGUGGCCUCGCUGGCUCUUAUCUGUGCCCCCACCCUGCCCCUCUGCUUUCCUCUUCCCUCCGCUCUCCCUGCUGAUUCACUCCGGCUCUGCCUACCUCAUACCACAUCCCAGCCAUGGCCCUGGUUCUGCAGUUGCUGCCUCUGUUGCUCUCAAGGGUCCAGGGCGACCCCCAGGUUUCUCUGGAGGGCAGCCCUGGGGACCGGGUGAAUCUCUCCUGCAUAGGGGUCUCAGACCCCACCCGCUGGGCUUGGGCGCCUAGUUUCCCGGCAUGCCAGGGGCUGUCCAAAGGGCGCCGUCCGAUCCUGUGGGCCUCGUCGAGCGGGACCCCGGCUGUGUUCUCGCACUUCUCUGGCCGCCUGCGUUCCCUGGAUACUGGUAUCAAGCGGCUGGAGCUGGUGCUGAGCGCCGGGGACUCUGGCACCUUUUUCUGCAAAGGACGCCAAGAGAAUGAGAGCCGCACAGUGCUUCAGGUGUUGGGGGACAAGGCAGACUGCAGGGCUUCGGGAUCUGCACACGGUUCCGGGUAUCCCAAGGUCCUGAUUGCUCUGCUGGUCCUUGGGCUGGCGCUGGCUCUGGGUGCCUCGGGUUUAGUCUGGUGGCGGCGCAGAGCCUGCACUACGCUGAUCUGGAUCACUCCGUCCUCGGGAGGCACCGCCGGAUGUCCACGGUGGUUCCCGGUGAUCCCUCCACUGUCUAUGCGGUUGUGGUUUAAAGGGGAGCCCUUGCUCUCAAGCCCUCCAAUCUGGGGCUUCGCUACUCAAGCUCAGCUGAAGGGGAGGCACCAUGGACAGAGGCACCAGUCUCGGAGUCUGGACACCUGGGUUGUCUCUGCAGCUGCUCGGCUUUUUGAGUCACUCCCAUCUCAUAACACCUUCCCUUCACCACCGAUGUCCUCUAUAGAUGACCAAGCUGUCCUAAGUUUUAGCUCCCAAUGGAUAUUCUGUUCCCUUUCCAAACAAGCAUUUUGAACUUAAGACAAUCGCCCGCCUCCUUUCCUGCCUCGCUCAUCGGCUGCAGCUGCUCAUCUACCGUCUGUAAUGUUGCCAGUGAUGCCCUAGACCACACGGUAACAUUCACGGACUUGGCCUGAGAUCACCCCUCUUUAAAUCCUGGUUCACUUUGUUGCUAAAAUCUUCCUUCUAGAAGUCCUGCUGCUCUGUUUGCCUCUUUCUUUCUUCCUCCUUACUCCUCUUCUAGGAAGGGAGCCAACCCUCAGCCCCCUUCCCUCCAACCAGAUCUCAGAGCUAGCACACCCUGUCCAGCUGGCCUUGGGCAUUUUACACAAGGCAUAUCAAAAGUGACUUAGUCAUUUCCCAAGCUAUUCCCUGCUCCCUCCUCUGCAGUCUCAUGACCAACCCAAGUUGCCCAAGCCAGAAACUGGGAGUCAGAGGACACCAAGUCCUUCUCUCCCACACAGGGACUUACAAAACUACCCCCAUCUUCCCUUUAAAAGCAGGCUCUCUGUCGCUAGGCUGGCUUUGAACUCCUGAUCCCCUUGUCUCCACCUGCAGUUUGGGGUUUCAGGGAUUACAGGCACGCACCAGCACACACGCCACCAGAACGUACUCUCAUCGCUGCUGCAUGGGUGUGGCCCACAGACCCUUCUGGUCCUCCUGCCUCCACUGCCCCUUUCCUGGGGCUGUGGGGUCACAGGCUUUGGGCACAGGUACUGCAGCACUUUGUGUGCUCAGAGGCUUAUCUGUUAUUUCCUGUGUACAAGAGCCCACCUUAGAUUCUCCACAGUUUCCUCUCAACACUCAUUGGCCCGAUGGAAAUAAAUUCCAUCUCCUGGAUUCCUUCUCCCUCUUCCUCACUUCCUGCCUUGAUAAUGAUUUAUCCCCGGGAUUUGACUGAAAUGUAGCCUUUUCUGUGAUACCGGUCCUCAUCCCUAAUGCUCAUCCACUCCUGCACAAAAAUCAAUGCCCUAGACCGCCCCCCCCGAUUUUUCUUGUAGAAACAGACUCUUGAAGACCAUCCCAGUAUAACCUGUCUGCCUGACCUGUUUGAUUCGCUGUUAAGCCUCAGUGCAUGGAUAAAUGUGUGCCCUGGAAAACACUGCUGUUUAUCAAAUGAAGGUGGACUGGCAAUCUUCCAGGGUCUGAAUCAUCCGGCAUUCAGAAAGUGAUCCACCCGUGCAUGUGAUCCCCUUUUCUGU